AGUUAGAUCAAAGAAAUGAUGGGUAUUAAUGACUCCAUUUCCAAAAUAUGGAAGAAACUGAGCGGCCUAGAUCAAUGGAAGAACAUGCUGGACCCGCUCGACAUUGAUCUCCGGCGAUACAUCAUUCACUACGGCGAAAUGGCUGAGGCGGCAUACGACGCCUUCAACACAGAAAAGGCGUCUAAGUUCGCCGGAAGCAGCCUGUUCGGGCGGUCGGAUUUCUUCUCGAAGGUGGGUCUAGAGAUGGCCAAUCCAUACAAGUAUGAGGUGACCAAGUUCCUCUACGCUACGUCUUCAAUAGAAAUGCCAGAUGCUUUCAUAUUGAAGUCUUUAUCAAGGGAGGCAUGGAGUAAGGAAUCCAAUUGGAUAGGUUAUGUUGCAGUGGCUACUAAUGAAGGGAAGGAAAUGUUAGGGAGGAGAGAUAUUGUGAUUGCAUGGAGGGGAACGGUGCGGCCUUUGGAAUGGGCUGAUGACUUGAACUUCAUAUUGGUUUCUGCUGAUUCCAUAUUUGGGCCUGGUUCCGGCGAUGCUAUGGUGCAUCAGGGCUGGUGUUCUAUAUAUACUUCUGAUGAUCCACGCUCUCAAUACAAUAAGUCCAGUGCAAGAGCUCAGGUUUUGGGUGAGGUGAGAAGACUGGUGGAAAAAUUCAAGAACGAAGAGAUCAGCAUAACUAUAACAGGCCACAGCUUAGGAGCAGCACUUGCAACACUAAACGCUGUAGAUAUAGUUGCCAGUGGAGUGAACAAGCCCAAGAACCAGCCAAACAAUGCCUGCCUAGUGACCGCCUUUGUCAUUGCCAGUCCCCGAGUCGGAGAUGCCAACUUCCAGAAGUUCUUCUCCGGUUUGGAUGACCUUCGGCUGUUACGCAUACAGAAUGUUCCCGACGUUGUCCCCAACUACCCGCUCGUGGGCUAUGCCGAUGUUGGACAGGAACUAGUGAUUGAUACUCAAAAGUCUAACUACUUGAAGAGUCCGGGCAAUAUGGCAAGUUGGCAUAACUUGGAUGCAUACUUGCAUGGUGUCGCUGGCACACAAGGGUUGACUGGAGAAUUCAAUCUGAAAGUUGAUCUUGAUAUCGCACUUGUGAACAAGAACAUGGAUGGUUUGAAGGAUGAAUAUCUUGUGCCUGUUUCAUGGUGGGUUGAGAAGAAUAAGGGGAUGGUUCAAAUUGCAAAUGGUUCAUGGAAGUUAAGGGACCAUCAAGGAGACAAUGAUUUUGGGGUCUGAGUGUUCAUCUUGAAUAGUCUCAGUAUGAUUUGUAUUGUACUUCCAUAAUCAUAAUCUAAUCUCUAUU